ACAACAGCGACCGCACACAACAGCUCCCCUACCCCGUUCAUAGCCCUACUCCGGACAAGAGUAGGGACCCCUGCUUUCCGUGUGCAACUUGCUUUCGCCGACCCCGACCUGGUCGGUGCGAACACGGACAAUUAUCAUUUCCCAGAUAAGACAUUCCGGUGUGACUUCCACAGUAUUAAUAUAAGCUGCGACCCUUCCAGGUGCACAGCAUCAGCGAUCUCGACCUCGCGCCACUUGAGCCAGAACAACUAUCUCCGAAAAUGCGAUUCAAUCAGGUCGUCCAGGCCAUUGCAGCCGCCUCAUGCGCGUUCGCUGGGGCUGCCGGAGCUGUCAAAGUCAAUCCGCUACCCGCCCCCGUCUCCAUAACCUGGGGGACCUCAGGACCCAAGCAGGUGGCUGGAUAUCUCGUCCUCAAGAGCCCCUACAACCAGGUGGUUCAGGACGCGUGGAAUCGCGCGUUCAACUCGAUCACGACCUUGAAAUGGGUUCCCCAGGCUGUAGAGGAGCCAAUUCCUGUCUUCGACCCCUUUCCCACCACCCCCGCCGUGGCUAAAAGGGCAGCUGCCCCCGUGUUCGCCGAAUCGGAAUCAGAACAUACCAAGCGCUGGUCAACUUUGAUCUACGAAGUGAACGUCCAGAUCUCGGAUUACAAGGCGGAUUUACAGCACGGUGUCGACGAGUCAUACACGCUUGAUGUCAAGGGCAGCUCACCUUCGAUCGAUAUCACAGCCAAGACCAUCUGGGGCGCCCUCCAUGCCUUUACAACUCUCCAACAAAUUGUCAUCUCUGAUGGCCACGGCGGCCUCCAGAUUGAGCAACCAGUGUCCAUCAAGGAUGGCCCAAUCUAUCCAUACCGCGGGAUCAUGGUCGACACUGGGCGCAACUUUAUCACCGUCAAGAAGAUCUUUGAGACCAUCGACGGGAUGGCCCUGUCGAAGCUCAACGUGCUCCACUGGCACAUCGACGAUGACCAGUCUUGGCCCUUGACAAUCAACGCAUACCCAGAAAUGACCAACGACGCAUACUCUACGCGCGAGACGUACUCGCAUGACGACGUCCGCACUAUCAUUGCGUAUGCCCGCGCCCGCGCCGUUCGCAUCAUCCCCGAGACCGAUAUGCCCGGCCACUCCUCCUCGGGGUGGAAGCAAAUCGACCCUGCCAUUGUUGCCUGCACAAACUCCUGGUGGUCCAACGAUAACUGGCCACUCCACACUGCUGUACAACCUAACCCGGGCCAGCUGGAGAUCCUUAAUGACAAGACGUACGAGGUUGUCGCAAAAGUGUAUAACGAGCUGUCUAGCCUCUUUACAGACAACCUGUUCCAUGUUGGUGGUGACGAGCUUCAGGUUGGCUGCUACAACCUCAGCACUAUCACACAGGAGUGGUUUGCGGCGAACAAAUCGCUGACGUACGACGACCUCGUCCAGUACUGGGUCGAUAAAGCUGUGCCGAUUUUCAAGAAGCCAAAGAACAGGCGUCUUAUCAUGUGGGAGGAUAUUGCCAUCAACGACCCGCACGCGCAUGACAUGCCCAAGGACAUCAUUAUGCAGUCCUGGAACGGCGGCCUCGCCAAUAUCAAGAAGCUCACGUCGAGCGGUUUUGAUGUCGUCGUCUCCUCGUCCGACUGGUUUUACCUUGACUGUGGCGUCGGCGGCUACGUGACCAACGACCCCCGUUACAACGAGAACGUCAACCCCGACCCGAAAACCGCCAACUUCAACUUCGGAGGUACUGGGGGAUCUUGGUGUGCCCCUUACAAGACCUGGCAGCGCAUCUACGACUACGACUUCACCACCAACCUAACCGCCGCCGAGGCCAAGAAGGUCAUUGGGGUAACCGCCCCCUUGUGGUCCGAGCAAGUUGACGACACUUGCAUCUCAUCGAAGCUGUGGCCGCGUGCUGCCGCGCUCGCCGAGCUAUCUUGGUCUGGUAACAGGGACGCCGACGGCAAGAAGCGCACGACGACCAUGACGCAGCGCAUCCUGAACUUCAGGGAGUAUCUGGUCGCGUUGGGGGUACAGGCCACGCCGCUCGUACCAAAAUACUGCCUACAGCACCCGCAUCAUUGUGAUUUGUAUUACGACCAGAACGCUGUUGUCUAAGGGCUCCAUCUUUUUAUGUAGUGUAGUGUCUCAUCUCGCUUACUGGAGGCUGGGAGAAAUGAAACUGUACACUCUGAUCAUGGUGUUCAUCACUGCUCGUCUCGUCGUGUUUCAUGAUCAUCGAUUCCGUAGCCCCACGUAGAUCUGUGUGUGUGUGUGUGUGUG